CACUGCCGCCGGGAGGCGGGGAGGGCGGACGGCGAUGGCGGCCACGGCGGCGCGGGCGGCGGAGGCCGAGGCGCUGUUCGAGGCCCACACGGCGGCGGAGCUGCGGGCGGCGGAGCGGCGGCUGCGGGCCGGCAUCGAGCAGAAGCGGGAGGAGCUGCGGCAGAUGGUGGGCGAGCGCUACCGCGACCUGAUCGAGGCGGCCGACACCAUCGCCGAGAUGCGGCUGAGCGCCGAGCGCCUGCUGGGAGCCGUCAGGGGGCUGCAGCGGGGCGGCGCGGCACGGCCCGGCCCUGCUCCGCCGGCUCCACCGCGGGCGCCAGAGAAGCUGUACCGAGCUGCGGCGCAGCUGAAGCUGCUGCUGGACAUCCCCGAGCAGGCGUGGGGCGCCAUGGAGGCCGGCCGCUACCUGCCCGCCGCCCGCCUCUACCUGCUGUGCCGCCACCUCCACGGCCUGCUGCAGCUCGACGCCCCCCGCGCCCGCUACAGCCCCGUCCUCGCCCGCUUCCCCAUCCUGCUGCGGCAGGUGGCCGCCGCCAGCCACUUCAGAUCCACCAUCCUGCAGGAGAGCAAGUCCCUGCUCAAGUGUCAGACCGUGUCGGACCAGGCGGUGGCAGAAGCCUUGUGUGCCAUCAUGCUCCUGGAGGACAGCUCUCCGCGCCAGGCCCUCGCAGACUUCCUCCUGGCCAGGAAGCUGGCGAUCCAGCAGCUCCUCAACCAGCCGCACCACGGUGCAGGAAUAAAAGCUCAGGUGUGUUCACUGAUGGAGCUGCUAACCACCACUCUGUACCAGGCUUAUGCACUCUUCUACAUGAUGCCAGAAGGGAUGCCACCAGAUCCAGCCCUGCCCUGCGGCUUGCUCUUCUCCACCCUGGAGAGCACCACGGGCCAGCACCCAGCAGGGAAAGGUGGGGUCCUAGAGGACGAGGUGAAGCUGAGCAGCUGGUUCAGGUACCUCCCAGAGUCUGUGGUGGAGUUCCAGCCAACCCUGCGGACCCUGGCCCACCCUAUCAGCCAGGACUACCUCAGAGACACGCUGCAGAAGUGGAUUGCCAUGUGCAGUGAUGAUAUCAGGGCUGGGGUCAGCAACCUGCUGGUCUACGUGAAGAGCUUGAAAGGCCUCGCGGGGAUCCGCGAUGCGGUCUGGGAGCUGCUCACGAGCGAGUCCGUAAGCCAGAACUGGGACGUGGUGUGCCGUCGCCUUUUGGACAAGCCUGCGUCCUUUUGGGAGGACCUGCUGCGGCAGCUCUUCCUGGACAGGCUGGAGACGCUGACCAAAGAGGGCUUUGAAUCCAUCUCAAGCAGCUCCAAACAGCUUCUCGUCUUAGCCCUGCAGGAACUCGAAGUCAAAUCCACCGCCUCUGCCCUGAGCAAGCACGUCCAGUUUGAGCACAACGUGGCCUUGUUCCUGUGGUCGGAGAGCUCCAGCGAUCUGCCUGCGGACGCCGCCUGGGUCAACGUGGCAAACCGCAGCCAGUUUGCCAAGAGCGGGCUGUCCAUGAAGGCCCAGGCGCUCACCCCGUGCGUGCAGAGCUUCUGCUCGGCUCUGGACUCGAAGCUGAAAGCCAGAUUGGACGACCUCCUCUCUUACCUUCCCGCGGAGCCCUCGGCCACCAAGGAGGCUGCUCCCGCCUCGCAGCCUCGCUCAGCCUUUGACCGCUACGCUGACACCGGCCUGGUGGAGGGCUUGCUGCGCGACCGCUGCGUCGCCUGCAUCCACCACGUACUGGGCUGCGUGCGAGAAGAGCUCCAGAGCGCCCAGAGCCUGCUGGAGGGACAGGCAGGUGCCCCCAGCGAUAGCAGGCUCAAUGCUGUCCUCUUCAUGGCCAGGCUCUGCCAGUCCCUGAGCGAGCUUUGCCCUCACCUCAAGCAAUGUAUCCUGGGCCAGUCGGGCGGCGCAGAGACGGCGCUGAAGGAAACCCGCUCCGCCAAGAAGCUGGGGAAGGGGAAAGCCCAAGAAGUGAAUCCAGUGCAGGCCAAGUGGCAGGAGGUGAAGGCAGAACUCCUGCAGCAGAGCCUGGUUGCUUACCAGAUCUGGAGCUCCGCUGUCACCAAAGCCCUGGUUCAGUGCUUUACCCACACGUUGCUGCUAGAUACAGCUGGCUCAGUCUUGGCUACAGCCACCAACUGGGAUGAGAUUGAAAUUCAGGAGGAGACUGAGUCUGGAAACAGUGUAACGUCAAAGAUCCGGCUGCCUAUGCAGCCGUCCUGGUACGUCCAGGGCCUCCUCUUCAGCCUGUGCCAAGAGGUGAACAGGGUCGGGGGCCACACUCUGCCGAAAGUCACCUUGCAGGAGCUGCUGAAGACCUGCAUGGCAGAAGUGCUUGCUGCUUAUGAAAAGCUCGUGGAGGAGAAGCAGGAAAAGAAAGCAGGCUCCUUCCCCAUGACCCAGAACAGAGCUCUGCAGUUGCUCUACGAUCUGCGGUACCUGAAUAUCAUCUUGACAGCGAAGAGUGAGGAAGCAAAGACCAGCAGGGUCAAGCAUGACUCCAGGAUUGAGAAGGUGACCGACUUCCUGGAGGGGCACAUCGACCCGUUUGACUUGGACGUUUUUACUCCGCACUUAAACGGCAACCUUAAUCGCCUGGUCCAGCGAACAUCUGUUCUCUUCGGCUUGCUGACCGGGACAGAGAACCAGUACACGAGCAGAAGCAGCGCUCUCAGCUCCCAGGAGCUCCACAAUAUCUUGCCCUUAGCAUCCAGCCAGAUCAGAUUUGGACUUCUGCCGCUGAGUAUGUCAAGCUCACGAAAGGCCAAGUCUGGUACCAGGAACACAGAAAGAGUUCAGUGCGAUGCUGACCUUUAAUUCCUGACGAAGCCUGGCUUGGGUAUUUAAGCCUGUGUGAACGGAGUGGCUUGCUUCUCUUGCAAAGGCUCUGCAUUGUUUUGCUUCUGAGUUUUAUUAGUAGACAACCACGAUGUUGCUACGUUUCCUCCAGUUUAAAGCAUUUGCUUAGCUGGACCUCCCUGUGCUGAGGAUUGAGAGCCAAGGAAUACCUCACUGCUACAGGAAGCAGGAAUUGGUGACUUUUCCUUUAGCCACAAACAAUCCAAUAAUCCAUCAACGAUAACGUGCCUUCAACUGGGAUGGAAGAGUAAAGACGUUUUUAUCAGAGCAGAGUGUUACUUGAAAUGCUAGCCUUUACUCUGCAACACUCAUUCUCCAUUAUUCAGAAGAAUUAAGAACCAGACAUAGUAGCAGAGUUGUUUAAAAGCCCAAAGCUUCACAGUAAGGGUAUUCUUUACCUCUUACACCUCAGCUGUAGUAGCGUGCAGAGUGCGCAGUGAUGUUUGUCUCGCUUCUACCACUCCCCUGCUGUGGCAGCAGCAUUGGCUGUGGUGGCACAUGUAUAUUUGCAUUAGCCCCACUUCACAGAAUUGCUUGUUCCUUUUAUGAUAAAGCAGAGGUUGAAGUCCAGUUACUCAAGAACAACUCUGCACACGCAACAGCUGUACUUUUAUCAUUAUUACCCCCUUGCUCUAAGAGCAGCAGCCCUCUCUUUGCUGCACAGAAUGAUUAUCUUGGAGCACUGGAUGACAUCUGAAAAGUUAACUUGCUAACAGCAGCAAAAAGCUGUGCAUCUGCCACUCAGACCUGCCUCUGCUUGUCACUAACCACCAGGAGAGGAAACAGUUACGUUGUGGUUCAGGCUCAAGUUGUCUGGGAACAGUUGUUCAGCUGUAGUCUGCGCCUCCUUGCAGCUACGAUAGAUGAGGGUAGGGAAUAAGUCGAAGGUGUGCUGUAAUAGUUUCUGACUCUUGUUUUUAAAACAAACAGGUUCCGCCUCCUGCACUCACAAGAGCAGAAGAGGAGGCAUCGCGCCCUGGCUCUUUGUUCAGGCAGCUUGUAACCGAGGAGGAAGACACGGCUGCGCCUUCUCUCUUCAAGCUGGGAUGGCUUUCUGGCAUGACCAAGUGAUUCAAUAAAGAAAUCAGAAGUUUGUCUAUAUAUUUGUCUUCACUGAGAAGGCUCUGCCCUCAGCAGGGGCUGGUGACACCUCCGCUGGUGCUGCCAGAAGAGAAGUACUUUGCCAUUCUUAGCCAGAUGAUAGCAAUGCCGCGUGAACCAGGCACAGGUCAGGAAAGUCCUUGUACUUUGCAUGCUGAAACGGUGCUCUAGCUGCUCCUGCACUUUCUAUUCCUUAGGAGUUAAAGUCAAAUUAAAGAAAUAAAACUACACAGUAUAACAAAACAAACAAACAAACAAACAUUUCACAGCUAGAAAUUGGUAUCAAAGCAAUGUAAGUUUGCUCUUUCCUCCAAAAGCUCCUCCCCAGGCUAUUCUCAGCAGAUACCUCUCUACAAACCCAGCAGGCACCUGGUAUUUUGGCUACAGCUGCCUAAGCUUUCCUGGUUCUAGUUUCACAAUUUCUUUUCAAUACUGCAACAGUGAAGAUUAAGCAAAACAGAGCUCAUCAUGCACCGAACCGGGCUGAGAGCUUACAGCUGGAUCAGUCUUAACGGAUUCCAGUGACAGCACCUAUUACUGUUCUGUUACUUCUAAAUGCUCAAAAAAUAUUUUGCCAAAUAUUUUUUUUUACUAGUUUAUUGAAAUUAAAAAAAGACUUAUAAAACUGAAGAUGAAUGUUCGAAAGAAUUUUACAUAAAGCAACAAACUGCUAACAAACAGAUUAGGCAGUCAAUGGAAUUGGACAUUAUGCAAUCCUAUAACACAGAUGUGGAUUCCUCGGUCUCCUCUGGACAUGUACUUUAUAACCACCCCAAAAAGAAUCCUAUAAAAAUUGCUUCAAAGCCCCUUUUGCAUUGCAAUAGUGCAGCAAACCACAAGUAAACAAUUUCCUGUUAACCUGUUAUUUCAAAUAUAGACUGAAAAGGCAACAGGCAUUUUGUGCAAUUCCAUUUUAACAAACUUGAAGUUGAAAUAUCAAAUCUACACAGUGCUGUCCCUUCACAGAAGGCAAGGAACUGCUGGUUCAUCAUGUAGGAGGGCGUCCCCGACUCUGUAAGCUGUGAAAGUGUGCCUCCUUCAGGAUCUGGUUGAUGUGGAAGUAAGGACCUUGACUUAGUGCAGACUGCUCAUGGAAGGACUGAGAGGAGACAGGACUGGAUCCUGCAAUUGUCGGGUUUAGGCUGGUUUCUGGACCGCUUGCUCUGUCAGGGCUGUUGAUGCUACUGCUACUACAGCUGCUGCUGCUGCUGCUGCCGCUAUCGCUGCUGGAGGACUGAGACAAAGAGAACAUUAACAGCAAAACAACAUUUUUCUCUCCUGUCCACGACGAAAUACCUUAGUCAAGCAAACACUCUUUGCAGUAAGCCCCUCCCUUCCAGAUUUCCAGGCUUGUAUUCAGCCCGAUGGACAAAAGAAAACCCACCAAGUGCUUUCUUGGCAUUCAGAGCUGCGGUUAUUGCCCACGCACGGAAAGCGUCCCAGAGCUGAAGGGAUGAGCGAGCUUUCACCCGGAGGUUCGCUGACCUCCAGCACGCUGGAUUGCAAACUUUCCGUUUCAGGCCCAUCAGCUCUGCCCCCAUGACCCACAUUUUAGCACUAGUGAAGUUUGCCAAACUCAUCCGAGAACUGGAAAAUAAAGAAUAUUCCUACUGAGCCACGCGGGUCAGUAAAGGCAGGCAGGGCGUGAGGAAAAAAGCUGUACCACCUUCACAUCUGUCACUUCUGGUUUAGCAGACGUUUUAGGUAAGCACCAUGCAAAGCAUUUUUCUACAGGUCAGUUUUUCUAAGAAGUGAUCUGAAGCAUCCAAAGCAACAGGCUGUUAAGAACAUAUGCAACACGAUUCCCAUUUUAGGUCUUUGAACACCUCCACAUGCAUACAUACUCUUCUCCCAGUUAAGUACUGGGACUGCAAUGUCAGCCGUUAGCUUUCCGUGACAAUUUACUUGACACAACAGUGGAAAAAUGACAGCCAUUAAAUACUUCCACACAGCGAGAAGAGAACUUUAGCUGCCAUAGAGGACAGGCCUCAUUUGUUAGCAUUAGGAUAAGCACGCUUUAUGGUAAUGACUGAAGAGCAUUAGCCGUCAUUUUCAGUGUUUCAAAGACAUAAAACUGUUUUACACCAUUUUAAGGGCUGAUAAUGAAAGGUUUCUGUUAGUUACAGCUGAAAUAUUUUAAUACUGUGCGAUAGGCUGCUCGGGGAAAAAAAUGCAAAGAUUUAGGUGCUCAGGAGUCAGAGAAUGACUACUUUGCCAUCCCGUAAGACGUAAAUUCAAACAAGCAGCCAGCAUCAGUGACAGCAGCUAGAAAAGCCCACUUUUCAAAGUAGGGAGUUAAAACCACAGAAGCCAAAGCUUGGUGGCCACAGCAGAGGAAGACAAAUUUAAAGAAGUCAACAGCAAUUUAACAGUCAGCACCACAUCCAGGAGGCCUCGCUUUGGAGGAGAUGUAAAGAACGGUGCAAGCUGCACCUGAGCAAGGCCCAGGAAGCCACUGUACGAAUGUUUGAAGCAGACCACAACGCCACCUGGAAGCCCCGUGGCACUGACGCCACAACCGGUCGUUACAACUCAACCACGUUGAGUUUGUUUUGCUAAGCACCAAAAAUGCUUCGGUUCUGGUGCAGUACAGCAAGCGAGGCGUCAGCACCGAGGCUGCACCCGUGCUGGCGUGUUAGGUUCUAGCAAGGAGAAAACAACAACAA